AUGCCUGUCUCUCCCGAAGCCCUCACCCUCACCCUGGCAGGGUUCAUGAGUGGUUACUACUUCAGUGGCACUUUUGUCUUCAAGCCCGCCGUUCAAAAGGCACCUUCCCCUUUGGUGGCUCAGCAAUGGAAGCGCGCCUGGGACGUCGGCCGAUAUGUGGGGAAGGUUGUCGUCACUGGCACUGCUGCUAUCUUUGCCUAUCUGGCCUACUCAGAGCCUGUGAAGACUGGAAAUAACCGGUUCCAAUUGUUUGCCGCUGCGGCUGGCAUCGUCGGGGCAAUCGUCCCUUACACCAUCUUCGUCUCCUACCCCUUCAACGAGGCAAUCAAUGGGCAGCUUGGGGCAACUGAAAGCGAAAAGACGGACUUGAAGAAACUUGUGGCUGACUGGGGACGGACUGACUGGAAGGGAUCUUUGCUUGCAUUCGUUGGAACUGUUGUGGGAGUCUGCGGUGCUCUGGCUUGA